AUGCGCAGACACCUGAGUUGCGGUGUACGUACACCUGAACUCGGCGCUGCGCAGCAAACUGGAAAUGCGAAUUUAACUGCAGCAGCAAAAGAGUUUAACUGCAGCAGCAAAAUAAUUCAGCAGCAGCAGCAAAACAAUUUGACUGCAGCAGCAAAAGAGUUUAACAGCAGCAGCAAAAGAAUUAAACUGCCGAAAGAAUUCCUUAAGUGGCUUUGGGCCGCAGCCGCUGCGGUGUACGUACACCUCAGGCCUACCGUUUCCCCCCGGGUGUCCAGGCAGGUUAAAGCCGCCGUGGGCAUUUCCCAUUUUGUUUGA